AUGACUGAUCCUUCAGGUAUGCAUGGUGCUUUUUCUUCUCUUAUUGUUAUGAUUUAUGUCAUGAUGACAAUUUAAAUGUUAGUAAAUAUUUAUAGCUUUAAACAUGCCAAUUAAAUAUUAGAAGAGAUAUCUGAAAAACAAAUAGGAAAUAUCAAACAGCUUUAAUCUAUAGGAUAAGAUUAAGAAGAAAAUCAUAAGGAAAUAAAUUAAAAAUGUGAGGAAAAUCCAUUAACAAAUUAAUUUAUUCAAAAAUAGGAAAAUUAACUCAUAAAUUAUUAUGAACAAGUAAGUGAAUGA